UCGCAGGGCAAAGGCCGUGGGGCGGAGCGGGGCGAUGUGGGGCGUUAUGGGGCGAGUGGGGCUGCGGGCUUUGUCCGGGGCGGCUGCCUCAAAUACCGGGAGGACCCUGGAAGGAAAAGUGGCUCUGGUGACCGCCGCCACCGACGGGAUCGGGCUGGCGGUGGCACAGAGGCUGGGGGCGGCAGGGGCCCGGGUGCUGCUGAGCUCCCGGCGUCAGCCCAACGUGGAUGCGGCCGUGCAGAAGCUGCGGGCUCAGGGUCUGGAAGUCAGCGGGGUGGUGUGCCAUGUGGGGCAGCCCCAGGACCGUCAGCGCCUGGUGCAGACGGCAUUGGACACCUAUGGUGCCAUUGACAUCCUGAUCUCCAACGCCGCUGUCAACCCCGUCAUGGGCAGCACCCUGGAGGUUGAGGAGGCAGCCUGGGAGAAGAUCUUCCAGGUGAACGUAACAGCAGCAGCGAUGCUGGUGAAGCUGGUGUUGCCCCACAUGGAGAAGAGAGGUGGAGGGGCUGUGGUGUUGGUGACAUCAGUGGCUGGUUUUAUGCCCUUCCCGGCUCUGGGUCCGUACAGCGUGAGCAAAACAGCACUGCUGGGGCUGGUGAAGGUGUUGGCCCCGGAGCUGCGUGCCCGUGGAGUGCGGCUCAACGCCGUCGCACCCGGCCUCAUCCAGACCCGCUUCAGUGCCGCCCUGUGGGAGAACGAGGCCACCAAGGAACAGCUGAUGUCCUCCAUGGGGAUUGACAGGCUGGGAACACCAUCGGAUGUGGCCGAGGUGGUGGCAUUCCUCUGCUCCCCUGCCGCCUCCUACGUGGUGGGAGAGACCGUGGUGGUGGCCGGGGGGACCCCAUCCCGCCUCUAAAGGACCCCGGAGAGUGCUGGGAUGGCAUCACUGUGUGGCACCAGGGGUGGUCUGGGAGAGACAUCUGUAUCUGUAGGGGAGCUCUGGGGACACCUGAUGGGAUGCUGAGGUUUAGUCCAGGAGGAUGAGGGGACCUAUAGGGGACAUCCAGGUCCACAGGAGGCACUUGGGGCCAUCUGUGGGGAGCUGGGUCCUGCAGAAAACUUCUGGGUCUGCCGUGGAGGUCUUUGUAGGCCCCAGUGUCCCCUUGGAUGUCCCCCAUAGUGUUUCUAGGGGGAUCAACAGGGAAUACUGAGGCUUACAGAAGCAUCUGGGGACAUUGGGGGUGGCCUAUAAGGAAUACUGAGGGCUGUAGGGGGUGCUUGGGAUUUAUGGGGGAUAUUGUGGUCUACAGAGAAGUGUAAGGAGCUUUGUAGGAGACACUGAAAUCAAUAUGGGGCAUUUGGGGAAAUCUAUGGGAGCAUGGAGGCAUAGGGACACCCUCAGGGACACUGGGAUCCGUAGGGGACAUUCUAGGGCCUAUCAGGUAGAUUUGGGGUCACUUCAGCAUGUUUGGGGCACUUUGGAUCCCCUAAUAAAUCCACUCACGCUGCCCUGGUUACA